AUGCGUCGAGGACUUCUACUUAUUGCCAAAGUAAUUCAAAACCUAGCAAACAACGUUCUCUUUGGAGCAAAAGAACCAUAUAUGUUUUCUCUCAACGAUUUUCUCACGCAAAAUAUAUAUAAAGUCACAACGUUUCUCCGUGAAAUCUCGGUGCCACCCUCUCAUCCUGAAAAACAUGCGGAAGUAGAAUCGUUCGACUUCGGGUCCUGCGUCUCGAUACACCGCUUUCUGUAUGAUCAUUGGGACCAUGUUCAGCAACGACUCACUUCGCUAGAGAGAAGAGAAUACGUUCGUUCUCCCGGGGAUGCUUCUCGAGGUCGUUCUCCCGUCCUUGAGCCGUUGAGAAAUCUUAUCACAAAUUUGGGACCUCCACCUCUUGCAGUAACGUGGAACCGCCCACAAAUCUCCGCAAACACCCUCCCUAUCUACUCUAGGUUCCAAAAUUUCAUGUUGCGCAAUGCCUCCCGUGGUAUGGAGUCAUUUCUGACCGCCAGGGCUGUAUAUGACGGCGGGGAAAGCAAGGACGGCCUUUCCAUCGUGUGCGUCAUCCUACGGCAUAUUGAUGCCGAAAAUAUAGACUACGAUACCAUACUAUAUUGCUACCUUAAGAUUGCCAGUCGCUUGUGGCAGCGCCCCUUUGGACUCCUUAUUGACGCAACAUGUUACGGAGGCAAUACAGAGCCGCAGGACGAUCUAUUCAAAAAGCUUGAACUUCUAGCGCCUACCGAACUAUCGCGCUCACUCUCCCGCGUAUAUGUCUACAACAUGAACAAUGCCUUUCGUAAAUGCUUCAGGAGGAUGCUUCGUGUCUCUUCGAAAAGCAGCAAUAGUCUUUUCCAUCCUAAGAAUGUCGAGUACCAUCUAGUUGGCAGCCUUCAAGAGCUACAAACCCACUUUCAUCUGAGCCAGCUCAACUUACCCCCUGAAACAAUCAGCGUCGUCACAGACACAAGAUAUGUCUUCCAACCAAUAACGAGGUUGUCUAAAACGAAAGGGAAAAUAGAGGUCAUCAUCAAGGUCGGCAGUCAGUUUGUCCAGGUAACAACGGCUAACACAACGGAAGUAUUCCCGGGCUUUCGUCUUUACACCACAGUGAACGAUAUUUUCAGACUCGGCGAUAUCGACGAAGCUCAGACUUCGAUUCAGACGGAAGACGACUCCGCCUUCGGUCUCCGCGCAGACAACGGAAAGAUCAUCAUGUACUUCACGAGCCCCCAAAAGAUUGAUAUUCUCCAAAGCAUCAGGGCAGCCAAGGCAAAAUAUGGAAAGGAUAAUCGCUCCCACAAAGCCCUGGAUCGGCUCAUCCGCCCGCAGGAUGUACCAGGCACGCUGCUCAAUUUAGCAUUUGCCAAUGUUUCAAGCCCAAACAGCGCACUACGCUGUUCAUCGUACAAUCUACUGGGGGCAUUAUGCAGAGCAUUCAACUUUAAUUCUGCCUCCAGGUUGAUGUGUAGUAAAGCGUUAUGCAUUCCAUCCGACCCAUCCGCCUUUGUUAUCAGCAUGAGCGAGCAUCUGGCGCGCACAGAGCCACAACUCACAUAUGACUUCUUGACAGAAUUUUUCGUUGGUUGGGACAGCUUCUCGGAUGACCAGAAGCCGUUCAGCCUCAGUUAUAUGGCUCCUUGGCUCACAGGCCUGAGAACCUUUGUCUUGGUAGCAGAAACGGAUGCGGAGAAAGGCCGCGAUAAAAUUGCUGUUAUCUUUCGGAAACUCAUCGAAGUGAUCUUAGCCGAUCACUCUCAAGCCUACAUAAUUGGCCAGGCCGUAUGGUCCGUCAUCUCCACAGACGACCUACUCUCAGAGAUCCUCCUCGAUGAACUGGUCAAGAUGGAUGUUCCAUUCCGCCCCCAUGAUGGAAAGUUCGAUGUGCUUUGCUCCAUUGUCGCAGCCAUUGGUAGCAUCAGCCUGCGAGGUAAAGUCAUUUCUCGGUUACGCAAGGCACUUAACCGGUCCUCUUUGAGGCCAACAAAACUAAUAACCGAAAAUGCCGUCUGGUCUGAGAUACGCCUUCUUCUCCAAUUCUGUCUUUCUCUCUCGUUCGACAGUGGCGUCCAAGUCCAGCUCUACGUUCCAGAAAUAUUUCAUAUCGCAACCAUGCUCGCAAAUACCGGUCCCAUGGAAUUCCGAUGCUCGGUCCAGAGACUACUUGUCAACUCCAUCCACUCUAUGUGUACUUCCUUCCCUCUUGAAGAACAUCGCUUAUCUAAAUUACGUGGUAUCUUGGAUAUUUUGAGCGACCUAAGGGGAGACUUGUUCUCGAAUCGGGUAGUCUUAGGAAGAGAUGAAAACUCAACGUCUAGCGAUCAGGAAUCCAACCAAAAUCUAGCCGCCACGGAGAGCCUAGCAACCCUCCUCUUUGAUGUCUGUGCCACUGCCGCACCAGCCACCGACCUGUCAAACUCGUGGCGAUCACGAUGGAUGAGCCUUGUCGCCAGCACCGCUUUCCAAAACAACCCAGCUAUACAGCCGAGGGCCUUCGCAGUCAUGGGCUGCCUCGCUCGUGAGGAGGUCGAUGACGACUUGCUCUAUCAAGUUCUCGUUGCCCUUCGUAGUAGUGUGGCUAGGUUCGGUGAGGAAGGAAAUAGUGAGAUGUUGGUCUCAAUUCUCACAUCGCUUUCAAGAAUGCUCUCCAAAUUGCGAACAGCAUCUAGGUAUGGCAUCCAGCUCUUCUGGCUUGCAAUUUCCAUCCUCCGCCUCGUUCCCGCCGCGCUAUUCAACUGUGCAGCUCAGUUUCUAGAAGCCGUUCUAGCCAAUACAAGCACAAUCUCAGAGCUAAAGGGAGAAAAGAUGUGCUUCACCCUCAUGCAGGGAAGGUCUUCACUCGAGGAGGCCGCCGAGUCUCUUGAUGAGCUAUAUGGGGUCCGAUUUAGCCAAGAGAACUUCCAUUUUGCGGUCUGCUCCUGCUUGGCAAGAGGUCUAACUGACACUAUCUCGCGGCCCAUCGCCUUGCGAGUCUUAUCCGCCUUUCUUGGCAUGUCAAGAACAUCAUCCACAGGUGAGCCACUGGAAAUCGACGAAAUAUCAAACUCUCCGUACUUCGCUCUCAUACUCGCACGCACAUCAAGCCGGGAAGAGCUCAAAGAUCACCUUUGGUUUGCUGGUGUAAAUACAACCUCCUUGCAUGUCAGCCCCCUCGCGGAUAUUCGCGACCUACAAGAUGUAGCUGCCGUCAAGGACAAGGAUCUUCUCCUGAAUACAACAAUUGAGUUGGUUGACUUCCAAUAUUUGGAGGACACCGUUCAGAUUAGAACUUUACAAUGGCUGAAUAAACUGAGUUCCACAAGGCCUGGAGUUUUGCAACAUCUGCAAGAACCGAUUAUCUCAAUUUUAGACGACCUUCUCAUGCAUUCCCAAAACUCGGCGGCCCUCGAAUGCGCAUAUAAGAAGCUUAUUAAGUUAAUUAUUCUUUAA